CGGUGUCAGGCGGAGGCCCGGGCUCAGCAGGAGAGCAGGGAAGAGGAGGUGUCGGGCUUGAGGGCUGAGCUACAGGAGGCCCAGGGCAGGCUGCAGCAGUGUAGAGGAACCAUGGAGCACCUCCGCUCUGACCUGGAGCACGCCCAGAGACAGACCAGGCAGGCAGAGGAUGAGGUGGGUGGGAGCAGUGAGAGGAGUACAGUACACAGAAAGAGAGGAACAUGGAUUUCUCUUCACUUUGAUAAGCAAUGAAGUACCCUCAAUACUGUGCCUAUUGCAGGUUUAUGUAAGCCAUUAUACAGGCAUAUUGAAGUAGAAUACAGUGUUCUGAGAAUGUGUGUGAUGUCCCCAGGCAUCUGAUAGGGAGAGCCGUCUGCGGGGCCAGGAGGCAGAGUUAUCCAGGCUGAGGGCUGUGCUGCAGGAGGCUGAAAGCAGAGCAGCGGACACAGAGGCCAGGCUGCAGCCCCUGACCCAGUCCCUGGAGCUGUACAGGACCAAGUACCAGGCCUGCAUCACAAAGAUCUCCCAGCAGGACAGCACUUUACAGGCCCAGGACGAGGACCUAAAGGAAGCCAGGGCUCAGGUCAGCUACCACGCCAUCCUCACCCUGCAGGAAAACUAAGAACUGAUACUGGAGCUUUUUUAUAGUAUUUCGAGAGCUUCUAUCUGCUAGAGGUUCUGUCUGCUAAAAGAUGAUUCUGAGAUAAUUGGCUUUAAAGUUACGAACCCUCAUUGGUUUGAAUGGUGUCAGCAAUUUUUAUCUAGUAUAAAUAUUUUUUACUUAACAACAUGAAUUGGGGUAUUUAGAGUACUAUAUAGGUAGAGAACAUUGAACAGAACAAGGCUAUGUCAAUAACUCAGUUUUGACAAAAAUACAGAUAGAACCUUCUAGUCCCAAGCUCUCAAAAAAUUUUUUUUCACUGCUGCUUAUACCCAUGUUGCCAGGAGUUGAUCUUGCAUACAUCUCUAGGCCUGAUUUAUGAGUGUUAAUAGCAUGUAUUUUGUAUCUACAUGUGUGUUUGUGUGCCUGCCUGUGUCCCCCUGUGUGUCUGUUUACCAGGUGGUGGAGCGGGAGGAGCAUGUGCUGCGUCUGUGUGCCCAGGCGGUGGUGUUGCAGGGGGAGCUGAAGGCCCACAGUGCCCAGCUGGAGAGUGGGGAUGACGCCCUGAGUGCCCUAAGCCAGCACCUCCGAGACACCCAGAGAGACCUGGAGGACAGCCGCAAACACAGCCAGGAGUGUGAGAUGGUCAUCAGCACACUGAGAGACAGCACCGCCACACUGAGACGACAGGUCAGACAGUCAGUCAGUCAGACCAGUUAGGCCAGUCAGUCAGGCAGGCCGAGCCUCAUCCACAGGGCUGUAACUUCCCAAUGACAGAUUUGUCCACAGACAAACCCAGUCACACUGUGCUGAUCACUCCCUUUCCACUACAAACAUAGAUGAACAUACUAGUCCACUCAGUCGUUUCCCCCUACACAGUCAGGCCCACUCAUCCUGCUCACUACCCCUGCUACCUGGAACAGUGGCAGUCAUGCGGCUAAGUCAAAUCCAGUCAAGUAGUACAAGCACUGUAGUAUACCCAACUAGCCUCUCAGGUGAGUGAAGCUACAUGCAGGUCAGUUGUUGCGCCACACCUGCUGUAGGUAAGGCUCCAUCUCUGCUCCUGAUCUGUAAACAGGUGGAGUCAGACAGGGUACAACACAACACACUGUGAGUUGGAGGCCUGGGGACCUCUGGAAGUGUUUUCACUGAUUCCUAUUGAUCGGCGUCAUGGCUCCUAUACAGGAGGAAACACAAUGAGAAAACACAGGCAGUGUGAGGUCCCUGGACAGCACAGAGCACAGCACAGAGCACAGCCGUUAAUGGCUGGCAAGAAGGAGGAGAGAGGAGGGGAGUUGGUGUGGUGGGAAGACUGGAUUACAUGGGCAGAGCAGUGGAGAGGAAGGAUUGAUGUUUGGACUUGUUUGGGUGUGUGUGGUUGUGUGCAUGCAUGUGUGUGUGAGACAUGGGGUGGUUGACAGCUCCAUGCACGGAAGAAGCAAAGUGGAAAAUCAUGCUGGGGAUGCGAUAUGUGGCUGAAAUAAUGGCCGCCCUGCCCAGUGGAGCUCAGUGUUUAGCUGGUGUGGAGGUGGCUGGAGAUCCAGUGGGGCGCUUACCUCCUUCUGUGAGCCCACAAUGGAGGUGCCAUUCCCAUCACCUCCAGCUCUCACCCUCCCCUCUCCACUGCUGUAACCAAGGCCUUCCCUCUCCACUGUGUACCCCCCCUCACCACCUGGGUCCCUAACAACACCCCCUCCCACACAGCAGAGCUCCAUUAGCAACACAGAGGCUCUCAAUCACACACACACACACACACACACACACACACACACACACACAGUAUUGAUCUCUCCCGUCCUCAGCUUGGUCCUUAGAGCACACAGCGCGACACACCACCCACUCGGUUCAUCAGUCUCUAUCUCUCACCCACGGUGUGUAUGUGUGGUGUGUGCAUGAGUGUUGACCUGCAUACCUUUUAAGUGAUCGCUUCCUGCCAAGGUAUUUUUUCACACCAAUGUUUCUUUACCUCUUCCCCAAGUUUACAUUUGUUGUCUGGAAACUGGUGUGUGUGUGUGUGUGUAUGUCUGUGUGAGAGAGGGAGGUAGAGAGAGAGAGAGAGUCUGAUUUAAUUUAAUGAGCCGAUCGCUCUGAGUCUGCUGUGAGACAUCAGUACAACAAGGUGAUUUCACCACCUCUCUCACUCCAUCUUCAUCCUGCCUGUAAUGACCCCUGGCUUUAUGAACACUACAGACACUGUGCAGUAAAGGCUGUCUGGAAAACAAAGACAACAAACAACAACAGUGGGUAAUGAGAGGAACACCGUAUUCAGAUAGAUAUAUUAUCCUCAUAAACUUAGAGGCUAUUUGGGAGUGUUUUAUAUGUGUAGCAGUACAAGGUAAUCCUGACAAACCACCAACACCCGAUAGGACAUUUUGACUCUCUGUGUGUGUGUGUGUGUGUGUGUGUGUGUGUGUGUGUGUGUGUGUGUGUGUGUGUGUGUGUGUGUGUGUGUUAAUGUGAAGCCAUUGUGAGGGCCUCAGACAGACCGACUCAUCUGUGAGAAGCAGAAUGUGCUCCAGUCACGAGCCAUCAGGCCCAGCACAGCAUGCAGACCGAGGAGACAGAGGGGAAACGUUCUGUUUGUCUGUCUUUGCUUCAUUAGUGUGAACUCACCCAGCACCUCAGCCCCAAACUUACAGUCUCAUAGUGGGCCCCAGCCUGCCUCACCCACAGUCAGACAGGAGGACCACAUGCAGUCUGCCCUUCAACCAUAGUCUCAUAGAGCUCCAGCCAGUCCCUUCUGUCUCUACCUCUCAACACUCAACUACACAACACCGGAAGGAUAAGGGAGGAGGGACCUACUAAAGUCAACCCCAUGACAGUAGUUCUGUACCGGUCUGUCAACAGAUAUAUGUUUGUUCCUGUGUGUGCCUCUCUCAGGUGGAGGAACAGGAGGAGAGUGUGGUGAAGAGCCAAGCUGAUUUCUCUGUCUACAGAGCCACUCACAUCCACUCUGUCUCAGACUACGACUCCCAGCUCUCCCGCAUCCAGGAACUACAACAGGUACGAUAGGAUCAGAACACUUCACCUCUUCAUGCAGGAGUCCUGCUAACAUAACUGUGGCCAGUGAAAUCACAGUGACCAGAGAAAGUUAUUGUCUUUGAUACUUCACUUAUCAACUAUAUUUUGUGUUAAAUGCUCUACAACAAAGCUUUCUUAGUGUCCAACAAGCUUUCUCUGCCAUUAACCUUGUUCUGAACACCUCCAAAACAAAGGUGAACACCGGUGUGAUUUCUACCUCUAAGGGUUUAGAGCUUGAGUUAGUCACCUCAUACAAGUGCUUGGGAGAAUGGCUAGAUGGUACACUGUCCUUCUCUCAGCACAUAUCAAAGCUGCAGGCUAAGGUUACAUCUAGACUUGCUUUCCUCUAUUGUAAAUGCUCCUCUUUCACCCCAGCUGCCAAACUAACCCUGAUUCAGAUGACCAUCCUACCCAUGCUAGAUUACUGAGACAUAAUUUAUAGAUUGGCAGGUAAAGGUGCUCUUGAGCGGCUAGAUGUUCUUUACCAUUCGGCCAUCAGAUUUGCCACCAAUGCUCCUUAUAGGACACAUCACUGCACUCUAUACUCCUCUGUAAACUGGUAAUCUCUGUAUACCCGUCACAAGGUUGAUGUUUAUUUAUAAAACCCUCUUAGGCCUCACUCCCCCCAAUCUGAGAUACCUACUGCAGCCCUCAUCCUCCACAUACAACACCCGUUCUGCCAUUCACAUUCUGUUAAAGGUCCCCAAAGCACACACAUCCCUGGGUCGCUUCUCUUUUCAGUUCGCUGCAGCUAGCGUCUGGAAUGAGCUACAAAAAACAGUCAAACUGGACAGUUUUAUCUCCAUCUCUUCAUUCAAAGACUCAAUCAUGGACACUUUUACUGACAGUUGUGGCUGCUUCACAUAAUGUGUUGUUGUCUCUACCUUCUUGCCUUUGUGCUGUUGUCUGUGUCCAAUAAUGUUUGUAUCAUGUUUUAGGCUGCUGCCAUGUUGUGUUGCUACCAUGUUGUUGUCAUGUGGUGUUGCUACCAUGCUGCAUUGUCAUGUGUUGCUGCCAUGCUGUGUUGUUGUAUUAGGUCUCUCUUGUUGUGAUGUGUGUUUUGUCCUAUAUUUAAAUUUUUAAUCCCAGCCCCUGUCCCCGUAGGAGGCCUUUUGCCUUUUGGUAGGUCGUCAUUGUAAAUAAUUAUUUGUUCUUAACUUACUUGCCUAGUUAAAUAAAGGUUAAAUAAAAUAAAAUAUAUAAAAAUAAAUAGUUAGAAGUUUGGUCCUACUGUAUGUUCAGUAAGUUCACUGUAUUUCAGUGUAUUCCAACCAUGGCUUUAAACUGACCCUAGACAGGAAGUCAGAGCAGCCAUCGCCAGACAGACGCCAACCCGCACCAACCAAGGUCCAUAACGGCUGCGGUGACUAAUUGUUUGUUAUGUCAGCGUGCGUGUGCCGUUUGCCUUUAAUGGAGUGUAGUGGGGCGAUCCAUCAGUCUGUCGAGCAGGCCCAGUGUCAGCUGGAGUGGCUGGCGUGUCAGAGGAGCGCCCGCACUGCGCCGACGUGAUUUACUGCCCUGCUCCCGACGCACGCAGCCGCCCCGCCACCGCUCCCUGUUCCACUCCGACUCGGCCCAGAUUGAUUACCCAGCUCGGCUGGCCCACGAUGCCCACCAUCUUCUGGCAACCUUUUAGCUGCAUUUUAUAGAUGGUUAGAGCACCUCGUUUGACUAUUUAUACAUCUGUAAGUGGCCAUGAAAUCUAGAUUUGUCUUGACGGGUGUCAGCGUCAGGGGUAGUGAAACCAGAGCCUGGUGACAACUCGUUAUUUUAAUGGUCUGAGAUGAAGGGGGAAGAUGGCAGGAUCUUCCCUCCGCAACAUGGCUGAAUUAUACUCUUUUAGUUUCACUUAAUGUUUACGCACAUAUUUCACUCAAAGCUGUUGGCCUGUAUUUUCUCCACCACGUUUGAUAGGGUCUGAGAGCAGUGGGGAGAUGGCUAACACACAUACACACACACUCUACUGGAGGAAGUGUGUGUUCAGCUGAGGAGAACACUUGACAGUGACAUGUUGACCUGUCAGCUGCCUGCGCACACACACAAACACACACACACACACACACAGAUUCACACACAAGGUCUCCUAGGUAAAUAUGUGCUGGCAGCCACACAGUGCAGUUGGCUGGUUAAUUGAAUAGUUAAAACAUCAGAAGUAGGUCUGUGCAGAUUGGAUGUGACACCUGUCAGAUAGGUGCUCCUCUAACGCAGGACACUUCCUCCACACACUGAUACAUAUGCCGUCUUGGUGGGAAUGCCAAAUUAGGGGCAGGCGCUUCACUGAACGCGCUAAAGCAGGUGUGGAGAUGUCCUGGGGGGGGGGGACAUUGCUAUGCUGGGUCCCUCAGGUGAGGAUGUGGAAAGCCUGGGGCUUCGGUCCUCCCCUUCCCCUCAGGCAUAGUCACAGGUGUGUGUGUGUGUGUGUUUGUGCGUGUAUGUGUUUAUGUGUAUGUGUGUGUGUGUCUAGGCAUUCUCCCAGGCCGUGGAGCAGUGUGCCCAGGGCAGCCAGGACCUCAGUGUGUGCCAGUCGGAGGUUCGUCAGCUGAGAGAGGAGGUGUCCAGACUCACCCAGCUCAAGGACAACACUGUUGCAGGUGUGGAGGGCAUGACACAACUCAACCAAUAACUUUGUGUUUACGAUAGAAUACAUAAAGGGUUUAUUUUUGACUGCAUUGUGUGUGUGUGUGUGUGUGUGUGUGUGUGUGUAUUCAUGUGUGUGUUUACGGUGUGCUGUGUGUGCUGCAGAGGUGCUGCGGCUGCAAGAGGCUGGGAGGCAGCUCCAGGCAGAGGCCAUGAUGGAGGGCCAGCGUAGGCUUGAGGAGGUGGGAGCUCUAGCGCAGACGGCUGCCAGGCUGGAGCAGGACCUGCAGGCCGCCCACAGCCAGUGUGCCCAGAGACAGCAGGUACAUACUGGGGCACGAGGCCAGGCCAGGCCCACUCACCUCCAACAUACCUGGAGGAUAGAAAGAGCUUACAUACAACUACUCACUCACUGACAUACUCACUCAGAACUUCAGGAAGUGGAAAACACGCACACACACACACAAAUAGAAUACUCUGGGUAAGAGGAUACACACAGGAGUAUAUGUUCACAUGUACUUUGACUGAGCCUUCCCUCUUUUCCCUCCCAGGCGGUGCAAAAGCGGGAUACCCUCCUGAGGCGUUCGGAGGCUGACCUGCUGGAGGCCCGGGAGACUCUGAGGAGUCGGGCUGUGGCGGUGGAGCGGCAGGCGGCUGCAGCCAGGGGCCUGGAGGCUGACGUCCAGAGGGCCAGGAGGGAAGGCCAGCAGAGAGAAGCAGAGUGUGGCUCUCUCAGGACCCAGCUGAUGACCCUCAGGGAGGAACUAAAGGAGGCCCAGGGACGCUGCAGGGACACGGGUAGAAGGAGGACACACAGUCCUGGGGGGUGGGCUGGGAGACUGGUGUCUAUAAAGGUGGACUCAUGUGUUUCAGAGUGUAGUCAGGUACAUUUAUAGCUCUCUCUCUCUCUCUCCCUAUUUCUCUGUCUUGCUCUGUCUCUCUUUGUCUGUUCUCUCUCUCUCCUUCCCACUUCCUUGGUGGAGAAGAGGUUCCAAAAACAGUUAAAAGCAAAAGAGGCAUGAAGAAGAAGGAAUGAGAGUGAUGCUGAUGGAAGGAGAGAAGGGGAGAAAGAGGAGAGUGACAGGGUUGUAGUGGCAGCAGCAGUGACAGGGUUGUAGUGGCAGCAGCAGUGACAGGGUUGUAGUGGCAGCAGCAGUGACAGGGUUGUAGUGGCAGCAGCAGUGACAGGGUUGUAGUGGCAGCAGCAGUGACAGGGUUGUAGUGGCAGCAGCAGUGACAGGGUUGUAGUGGCAGCAGCAGUGACAGGGUUGUAGUGGCAGCAGCAGUGACAGGGUUGUAGUGGCAGCAGCAGUGACAGGGUUGUAGUGGCAGCAGCAGUGACAGGGUUGUAGUGGCAGCAGCAGUGACAGGGUUGUAGUGGCAGCAGCAGUGACAGGGUUGUAGUGGUAGCAGCAGUAACAGGGUUGUAGUGGCAGCAGCAGUGACAGGGUUGUAGUGGCAGCAGCAGUGACAGGGUUGUAGUGGCAGCAGCAGUGACAGGGUUGUAGUGGCAGCAGCAGUGACAGGGUUGUAGUGGCAGCAGCAGUAGCAGCAGUAGCAGCCUCUAGGGCUGACUUUAAUGAGCCGUGUGAGACGGUCAUCUGUUUACGUGCUGCCUGCCCCAGAAUCCUCAGCAGCUAGCCAGCAGCUAGCCAGCAGUGAAGCAGCCCAUCAAUUCACAGCCUGGGGCCUUUUGUCUGACACACACACUCACUCACACUCACACCAUGCAUACUAAGAUGCAUAUGCACUCAGAGGGACAAUAAAAAUAAUAAACAACGGAACAUGCAUCAAUGCAGAAGAAGGGCAAAUCAACACACAAGAUAACAGAUAACAUAUGUAAUAUAAUAGUGUUGUUGAUAGUAAAUGGUAAAAGAUGUUGUGUCUAUCUUUGUGUCUCUCUCUCAGCUCAGGAGCUGGCUCGUCAGGAGGAGAAGGUGUUGCUGGUGGAGGGGGGGCAGCAUCGGGCACAGCAGCACCUGGCAGAGCGGGUGGCAGAGGUGGUGAGGGCAGAGCAGGCCCAGAGGACGCUACAGGCAGAACUACGCACCCUAAAGGAGAGACUCCGCACCACAGAACAUGAGCUGCAGGGCUACAGGUACACUACAGGGCUUUGGGUUCCCUAACGCACUCUGACUGCCUCUGUCUGUCUGCCUCCAUGUAGAGGUCUGCACGGGACUGAUUUCUUCAUCCUACUCCCUCCUGCAGCCGCAGCUUUUCAUACCGCACCCGCCCGCUGCCGCUGGCUUUCUGUCCGACUCCCACCCACUCCCGCAAGAACUGGUCCCAAACCCAACCGCUGUCCCGCAAUGUGAUUUUAGGCGUAUGUGACGCAGCUAGCUUGCCAGCCAUGGUCCCAGCUAUUUUGCGCUCUAUAGACAAUAUCAGAAUGCGCUAAAAUAACCUAAGAAAUAGGUAACAUUACCAGAGAUUCUCACAUUCUCCAUUAUAUUAGGCUAUCGGUAUUACUGGGCUAUAUCAGCCAAUAGGUUAGACGUAGUAUGAAGAGAGCAGAGUUGGAGAGAGAGCGGACACUUGCACUUUCUCUUGAGAUACGUUUAAUAGCCUACCUUUUAGGAGCGGGACGAGUUUCAGACGGAGACAAAUAUGGGUGAUCAAUAUUUAUUUCUAGGCAAUGUAGUAAACUAUAGCCUAAUUAUAUUUAGGAAGCUAAUUUCCUUGGAAAGAGAACUGCCCUGUGCUUCUCCGUCCAUGCAUAGGCUAUAGCCUACUCUAUUGAAUUGAGAUCAAACGCGCACCUGAUCUCACACACCCAACUAGGAGAGGUAUGGCUACUGAACUUGAAGCAGCAACAAUCAUGACAGCUGACAGCUGCACUUUCUCUUGAGCUACGUUUUGCAUAUAGAAUAUAGCCUACCUUUUAGGAGCGGGACGAUUUGCAGGCAGAGACAAUUAUAUGCGUAAUCAAUAUUUAUUGAAAAAGGAAAGGCGCAAUGCUCACCAUGGUAUUUGAGCGUUGUGCCUUUUCCUUUUCAAUGAUGAUCUAAUUUUUGCAUUGCACCUUGACUCACGUUGGUUGAGCACCCUCCGCAUCUUUCCAUUAUCAAAAUGUAUUUACAGACACUUGUAGUAAACUAUAGCCUAAUCAUAUUUAAGUUAAUUUCCUUGGAAAGAUUCAUCCAAAUUCAUCCCAAAGUGGUCUGUCUGACCGGCCGCAGGAUGAAAAAUGCCGACCGCGACGCAAUGAAUCUCUGCCCUCUACCUCCAAGCACACAGCAUGACUUCAUUUCAUGAACCUUGUCUUUAACCCCAAUUCUUCACAUUUCACAGAGCCAUUAGUUCAACAGUGACUUGAGUGUGUACUGAACGCCAUGAGCCUAUAAGACUGUCUCAUUCCCAUUUAGUUCCAAACUGAACCUUAGUCAAUAAGGCCACAGUGUCUUUAUAACUCAGACAAGCCUCUCAAACAGACAAGCCUCUCAAACAGUCACUAAAUAAGGCCUCACACACACUCUCAAUCCUGUCUGUAUCUUAGUGGCUGAGAGAAAGAGAGAAAAGUGUUUUGGCUUUGUGACCCUUGGCACGCUGCCUCCCCCGCUCUCCCCCUCCUCCCCCCUGUCCAUCUGGGCUGUGUGUGCGCCAGCCGCUCGAUAGGCGGAUCAUUCCAGGUCGGGGCCCUCUUGUGAAAUCAGAUGUUUAACUGGCCAGGAGAAGAGGAAUGGGAGCGUCUUAACCAGCACCUUGCCAAAGGUCUCCUGUUCAGUCAGCCGUCCUGCCGCUUGGAGAGCGCCCGCAGCCUGCCAAUAGGCAUUAGGGAGGAUUUAGUAAUUAAGUGAUAGGCUGAGGACUAAAUUGGGUGUUUGUGGGCUGGCGAGCCACCCAGAGGUCCCCACAGCCAUGCAGAUAGGGGAUUCUAAUUGCCAGGGAUAUUGAUCAGCCUGGCGAGGGGGGAUGCAGGGGAUUCACGAGCCAUCGAUUAGCUGUUACUGCGGCCGCCUUGUCAAUGGGAGAGGGAGGUGAGCACUGAGAAGGCUCUGGGCUUUUUCCCCCCCCACACACACACACACACACACACACACACACUCUCUCUCAAACACUCACUCACUUCUGGAAGGGCUUUACCACUCAACCCCCGCCCACCUCCUCUCUAUAUCUCUCUCUUUUUCUUAGACUGUCUAAAGGUGUUGCUUCUCGAAUGGGUAUUGGCAGAGAGGAGGGGCAGCUCAUUGGUAGAACAUGUCCAGAGGGAGUGCCACCCUCACACUCUGCUCUAUGUACAGUAUAAGUUCCUCCUUCACACUCUGCUGGUGUGUCCCUCGUCACCCUCCCUAACGCGUGGUGUGUCACUCCGUGGGCAGGCGAGGGCUUUGACGCUUGGCUGUGGUCUGAGUUAAUGUCUCAGGGAGAGAGGGCACUGGACUGGGCCGCUCUCUGGGAUUUGAUUAGCUGCUUCACCUGGCGGUAAACAGGCCCUGGCCACCCCUCACACACACAGCUCUGAUCCCAUCACUCACACCCCGGCGCCCCAUCAGCCCAACGCUCGCCCCACUAAACCAUGCCACACCGCAAAGCGUAGCACAGCCAGAAUUAGUGCAACGUCCUCUCAUUAAAUGUUAAGGCUUGCCUGCUCAGAUUAAAUCUGGCAUACACAAACACACACGCAUUACUCUCCAAUGAUUACGUUUCUCGCAUUACAUAAUAAGAUCAAUUAAAUUCCCUUUCAUUUUGAAAAUGUGAACAAGAGUGAAAACAAAGUGUACAGCAUGUUGGGGGUAGCUAUGGCAGAGAGAGGUAUCAAACAUGCUAGUUUGAAAGGAGUGGUCGUUUAAAGACUGGGAGCCCAGCCCCUGACUGACGGUGUGUCUGUGGCUGUGUGUGUGUAUCAGGACCCAGGUGGAGAGUCUGAAGAAGGAGGCAGGGGAGAGCAGGCAGGCCCAGCUCAGUGCUCAGCAGGAGGCCAACACACACCAGCAGGGGGCUCAGCAGCUGGAGGCAGAGCUGACCAGCACUAAGGAUACACUCAGGACCCUACAGCAGCAGGUAAGACCUAACAUUAACACGUACAGCAAACCAACCAACCAACAGGUUCCUACAAACUGUGUCCUGAAACCACAGUCACCACUUUGGGGAGCCUCGCACUUGGCUGACAGUGAAAGGGACUCCACAACACCUCCUCUACCCUAAGUAAUUUAGGGCCUGUUACACUAGAGGGACAGUCUUUUCACGCCACUUCGAUACCGAAGUGACUUUGUCGUAGCAGGUUAUGAGAUUGAGGUUAAGAUUAGGAAAAUGGUUAGGAUUAGCGAAAAUGCUCUCCUAACCUGCUACGAAAAUCACUUUGUAUCGAAGUGGCGUGCAAAGAGGGUGUCCCGAUACACUAGAAUUGUCGCAACCCCUAUUACUAGCCUGUUCAACCUCUCUUUCGUAACGUCUGAGAUCCCCAGAGAUUGGAAAGCUGCCGCGGUCAUCCCCCUCUUCAAAGGGGGUGACACUCUAGAUCCAAACUGUUACAGACCUAUAUCCAUCCUGCCCUGCCUUUCAAAAGUAUUUGAAAGCCAAUUUAACAAACAGAUCACCGACCAUUUCGAAUCCCACCGUACCUUCUCCGCUAUGCAAUCCGGUUUCCGAGCUGGUCAUGGGUGCACUUCAGCCACGCUCAAGGUCCUAAACGAUAUUAUAACCGCGAUCGAUAAUAGACAGUACUGUGCAGCCGUAUUCAUCGACCUGGCCAAGGCUUUCGACUCUGUCAACCACCGCAUUCAUAUUGGCAGACUAAAUAGCCUUGGUUUCUCAAAUGACUGCCUCACCUGGUUCACCAACUACUUCUCAGAUAGAGUUCAAUGUGUCAAAUCGGAGGGCCUGUUGUCUGGACCUAUGGCAGUCUCUAUGGGGGUGCCACAGGGUUCAAUUCUUGGGCCAACUCUUUUCUACGUGUAUAUCAAUGAUGUCGCUCUUGCUGCUGGUGACUCUCAGAUCCACCUCUACGCAGACGACACCAUUUUGUAUACAGUGGGGGAAAAAAGUAUUUAGUCAGCCACCAAUUGUGCAAGUUCUCCCACUUAAAAAGAUGAGAGAGGCCUGUAAUUUUCAUCAUAGGUACACGUCAACUAUGGCAGACAAAAUGAGAAAAAAAAAUCCAGAAAAUCACAUUGUAGGAUUUUUUAUGAAUUUAUUUGCAAAUUAUGGUGGAAAAUAAGUAUUUGGUCAAUAACAAAAGUUUCUCAAUACUUUGUUAUAUACCCUUUGUUGGCAAUGACACAGGUCAAACGUUUUCUGUAAGUCUUCACAAGGUUUUCACACACUGUUGCUGGUAUUUUGGCCCAUUCCUCCAUGCAGAUCUCCUCUAGAGCAGUGAUGUUUUGGGGCUGUCGCUGGGCAACACAGACUUUCAACUACCUCCAAAGAUUUUCUUCUGUGGCUAGGCCACUCCAGGACCUUGAAAUGCUUCUUACGAAGCCACUCCUUCGUUGCCCGGGCGGUGUGUUUGGGAUCAUUAUCAUGCUGAAAGACCCAGCCACGUUUCAUCUUCAAUGCCCUUGCUGAUGGAAGGAGGUUUUCACUCAAAACCUCACGAUACAUGGCCCCAUUCAUUCUUUCCUUUACACGGAUCAGUCGUCCUGGUCCCGUUGCAGAAAAACAGCCCCAAAGCAUGAUGUUUCCACCCCCAUGCUUCACAGUAGGUAUGGUGUUCUUUGGAUGCAACUCAGCAUUCUUUGUCCUCCAAACACGAUGAGUUGAGUUUUUACCAAAAAGUUCUAUUUUGGUUUCAUCUGACCAUAUGACAUUCUCCCAAUCCACUUCUGGAUCAUCCAAAUGCACUCUAGCAAACUUCAGACGGGCCUGGACAUGUACUGGCUUAAGCAGGGGGACACGUCUGGCACUGCAGGAUUUGAGUCCCUGGCGGCGUAGUGUGUUACUGAUGGUAGGCUUUGUUAAUUUGGUCCCAGCUCUCUGCAGGUCAUUCACUAGGUCCCCCCGUGUGGUUCUGGGAUUUUUGCUCACCGUUCUUGUGAUCAUUUUGACCCCACGGGGUGAGAUCUUGCGUGGAGCCCCAGAUCGAGGGAGAUGAUCAGUGGUCUUGUAUGUCUUCCAUUUCCUAAUAAUUGCUCCCACAGUUGAUUUCUUCAAACCAAGCUGCUUACCUAUUGCAGAUUCAGUCUUCCCAGCCUGGUGCAGGUCUACAAUUUUGUUUCUGGUGUCUUUUGACAGCUCUUUGGUCUUGGCCAUAGUGGAGUUUGGAGUGUGACUGUUUGAGGUUGUGGACAGGUGUCUUUUAUACUGAUAACAAGUUCAAACAGGUGCCAUUAAUACAGGUAACGAGUGGAGGACAGAGGAGCCUCUUAAAGAAGAAGUUACUAUUAUAUUAAAGUUACAGGUCUGUGAGAGCCAGAAAUCUUGCUUGUUUGUAGAUGACCAAAUAAUUAUUUUCCACCAUAAUUUUCAAAUAAAUUCAUAAAAAAUCCUACAAUGUGAUUUUCUGGAAAAAAAAUUCUCAAUUUGUCUGUCAUAGUUGACGUGUACCUAUGAUGAAAAUUACAGGCCUCUCUCAUCUUUUUAAGUGGGAGAACUUGCACAAUUGGUGGCUGACUAAAUACUUUUUUUCCCCACUGUACAUCUGGCCCUUCAUUGGACACUGUGUUAACAAACCUCCAAACGAGCUUCAAUGCCAUACAACACUCCUUCAGUAGCCUCCAACUGCUCUUAAACACUAGUAAAACUAAAUGCAUGCUCUUCAAUCGAACGCUGCUGGCACCCGCCCACCCGACUAGAAUCACUACUCUCGACGGAUCUGACCUAGAGUAUGUGGACAACUACAAAUACCUAGGUGUCUGGUUAGACUGUAAACUCUCCUUCCAGACUCACAUUAAGAAUGUCCAAUCCAAAGUUAAAUCUAGAAUCGGCUUCCUAUUUCGCAACAAAGCCUCCUUCACUCAUGCUGCCAAACAUGCCCUCGUAAAACUGACUAUCCUACCGAUCCUUGACUUCGGCGAUGUCAUUUACAAAAUAGCCUCCAACACUUUACUCAGCAAAUUGGAUGUAGUCUAUCACAGUGCCAUCCGUUUUGUCUCCAAAGCCCCAUACACUACCCACCACUGUGACCUGUACGCUCUUGUUGGCUGGUCCUCACUACAUGUUCGUCAUCAAACCCACUGGCUCCAGGCCAUCUAUAAAUCACUGCUAGGCAAAUCCCCGCCUUAUCUUAGCUCAUUGGUCACCAUAGCAGCACCCACCCGUUGUCUCACCUAGCUGUCUUAAGAUGAAUGCACUAACUGUAAGUAUUUUUAUUUUAUGUAUUUAUUAAACCUUUAUUUAACUAGGUAAGCCAGUUAAGAACAAAUUCUUAUUUACAGUGACGGCCUACCAAGAGGCAAAAGGCCUCCUGCGGGGACGAGGGAUAAAAAAUUUAAAUGUAGGACAAAACACACACCACAACACUACAUGAAGAGAGACCUAAGACAACAACACAGCAUGGCAGCAACACAUGACAACACAGCAUGGUAGCAACACAACAUGACAGCAACACGGUAGUGACACAAAGUCGCUCUCGAUAAGAGUGUCUGCUAAAUCAGUGGUUCAGCAGGGGGGGACGCGGGGGUCCCCCCAUUUAAUUAAAUUUUUUUUUUAAAGGAACUCAGUCCGGAUUUUAACUUACUCUUGAAAGUUGUAAUAGUAGAAUGCACAAGGUGCAUCAUCAGUUCCUCUUGUCAUGUUAGUCAUUGCAUACCUUAGAGAGCUAUUUAUAACUUUUUUUGCCCAUAGGUAUUGUUGUAAUUUUUUUGUCACUCAAAUAUGACAUGAAUACACAUUAGACAUGUCAAAAUGUAUAGAAUUGCAAGAAAAUGUGCUUUAAAACUGCAAAAUGUUAAUUGCACCCCAUUACAAAAUGUGUAGAAUUGCAGGAAAUAAGCUUUAAACCUGCAAAAUUCUCUCCACCAACAAGAGGGGUGUGAACAGUUUGGGUCAUGAACAGUGCUUGUGCCCAUAGAAAUAGACGUGGCAUGUGCACGCUUGCGCGGGAUGUUCCCCAAUGCUGGAAGGGGGGCCCCAGUGAAAAAGUUGGGAACCCCUGUGCUAAAUGACUCAAAUGUAAAUGUAGCCUAACUUCUGAAUAUUGCCCUGUAAACAUGUGGUCGGUUUGUAGGCUGUGUGACUGUGGUUGUCUCUCUGUGUGCCAGCUGCAGGAGCAGGCUGAUGCCAGCCGGGCACUGCGGGCAGAGCUGUCCCAGGAGCAGGCCAGGCAGCAGGAGCAGCAGGAGAGGAACCAGGGGGCCAGGGAGAGAGAGGCCCGGCUGGAGACAGAGAGAAACCAGCUCAGAACCAGCCUGGAAGCAGCUCACAGCCAGGUAGAUUCAAACACUAUAAUUAAGCAAUAAGGCACCUCAGGGGUUUGUGGUAUAUGGCCAAUAUACCACGGCUAAGGGCUGUUCUUAUGCACGACGCAACGCGGAAUGCCUGGAUACAGCACUUAGCCGUGGUAUAUUGGCCAUAUACCACAAACCCCAGAGGUGCCUUAUUGCUAUUAUAAACUGGUUACCAACGUAAUUAGAGCAGUAAAAAUAUUUUUUUUGCCAUACCUGUUGUGUACGGUCUGAUAAACCACGGCUGUCAGCCAAUCAGCAUUCAGGGCUCGAACCACCCAGUGUAUAAUAAUGUAUAUAAAACUAGCACUCAACUAGACAUGUGCAGUCAACAACUUAGCACUCAACCAGGUGCUUUCACACACAUACUAAUGUAUCCAAAAACUAGCACUCGACUAGAAAUAUAGAGUGUAUAAAUUCAUGCAUAUUGAUAAUGCAUGUCACACUCACACAACAUAUGUUAAUCAUACUGUAGUGUUUGUCUGUUGAUUUAUGACUAAUGGCAAUUUCCCAACACAAAUAAUUAGUGUCAGUGAAUGUCAUGAAUUAAACCUUAAAAGUUUCAAAAGGCAUUUUUAGGCUUUACAGGAUGUUGUUUUUCCAUUCAUCAGGAGAGCGUCUUCUCCUCACAUAGUGUCUGACUGAAGCCUGGCUACACUAAUCUACAAUCCACUCAGAUUCCCCCUCCAGCCAUGCUCGCAAAUUGAAUUAGUUUCCGUCUCUGAAUUUGUGUUUCAAAAAUAGUAAUUAUUGUUUAACCCCAAAGGAAGCAAGAGAAAUGAGUCAGAUCUGCACAAGUCAUGAAUUUUGUGAAAUAAUAGUUUUCCACCAGCCAAAGGGAUACAAGCCUGAAGCGCGGCAAUUUACUAACUGUUCAGCUGCUAGGAAAUUAAAUUGAAGCACAUAAUUCAUAUCUUUAGAAAGUUAAAUCAAUCUGAUCAAAAAGUUUCUCACUCAUUUACGGCCUGAAAUUAAUCUCCUUAAUCCCAAUUUAAUAUCUGUCAUGCAUAUAAGUGCAGAUCUCUCAUCUAUCUGCCCAUCCAUGUGACUUAAUCCUAAACAGAGAGCUAAGAUGGUGCUGCGAUUGUCAGAUUUAGUCCCAUCUAUCUUUGAGCCUGAUAUACACACAGUGGCACACACACACACCUGAUGGGAGCUCUAAUAGUGGUGUGUCUCCUGUCUGUCCUUCAGCUGAGGGAGCGGGAGAGGACUGUGGGGUGCCUGCAGGAGCGUGUGGUGGAGCUGCAGAGCACCACCCAGAGGCUGCAUGAGGAACAGACAGCCUGCCAGGCUCAGCUGCAGCAGUGCAGGAGGGAGCUGGAGAGCAGGGUGGGCCAGAGCCACAGCCACAGCCAAGAGGUCAGAGGACAUGUACUGUCCAUACGUUGAGAGUAUUUUGUGUGUAGUUUGGGGCCUAUGUUCCAUGUGUGUGUUCUCCUCUUCAGAUGAACGUUCUUCAGGAGACGGUGUCCAGGCUGAGGGAGUGUGUAGAGGAGGCCCAGGCCAGCAGCAGGCAGGGGACCAUGGACACAGCAGCAGCACAACACAGCCUCAGAGAGCUGAGACUGGAGCUGGCCUCCACCCAGGCCUCCCAUAGAGAGAGCAUGGAGCUGGUGGGUGCCCUGCUUACACACUGGUACUCUGUUUGUCUGGCAUGUAUUUAUAAUGCUGACGUUAAAACAAUGACAUUAACUCUCGACUUGUUUUAGGGUAAUGACUGUGAGGAAAUAAUGUGUAGUGGGACUAACAAUGUAUAUUUUGUGUGGAUGUGGCUGGGCGUGUGAUGGUACUGGUCAGCUGGCUGAGCAGAGUCGUGAGACGGCAGGUCUACGUAGUGAGCUGUCCCGCCUGCAGCAGAGAAGCUCCCAGCUGUCAGAGGAGAGAGAGGGCCAGGAAGAGAGGACCAGGCAGCUGGCUGCAGAGCUCCACAGACUACGCACUGCCAGCAGACAGUCACUGGACGAGGUGAGAGAGAAGGAUCUACACAUCAACAUUUCCAUUCAUCCUCAUGGCAAUUAACCAAUAACCAUUCAUUUCAUUGUCAAUAUCCAAUAACCACUAAUAUGGUUCUAGAUCUUACACUGCCAACAGCCAACCAUUAGGUCAUGGACCAGAUAGCCACACAUUAAAUCCUAGACUGUUAACAGACCACUACACCAUCCCAGGUUUAGAAGUGUGAUGGGCCAAUCUUUCAACCUUAUAUAUUGUAUAAUAGGAAAGGGAACUAUCCAUUAUGGGGUUAUCUAGUGUAAUAUACGCAGGGCUGGAAAUGAACACUACACCCUUAAGAGAAUGCCUGGUCAUUAGUGUGGAGCACACAGCCCCUCUGAAGUAGAGACUUAACCUCCACGGGUCACGCUGUACACUAAUUGACCACUACAGGCGAGAGCAGGUUCUGUUGUAGAGAAAAGAGGUGUGACUUGUAGCAGUGCCUUUCUGUGUGUGAGGGGCUGUAUUCCUAAAGCUGAUUAGAAAAUGAGACCUCUCUCCCAGACCCCUACAGAGUCUGCAUGUACCGCGCGCACGCACACACACACACACACACACACACACACACACACACACACACACACACACACACACAUAUUCAUACAUACAUACAGAAACAGUUUGCAAAGACACCAACAUUUACACACACACGCACAGUUUUGCUUAGAGGAGCUGCCUCACAUAAUAGCCAAAAUAUAAAUCACAGUUUAACCGAGAUACUAAAGACCUUAUACAGUACAUAAAUGUAGUAACCGGUUUUCAAUUGAAAAUAUGUAAACGUCUAAGAGGCCUUAUGGUUAAAAUAUUCUAAGCAAUGUGUUUGUAUUGUGACAAAUCCAAAGCACUUUGUUUGUGUACACAGGCACAUACGAGCUGUGUGUGCUUGCUCUGCAGUGCCAAACAUCUCUACAAUGUGCAUGUGUGUUUGUAUGUGUGUUUAGCCCAGGGCGCAUCUCUGUGGCUCAUCGCUGUGGUCUCACGUCAUCCUCCUUAAGUGCUGUCAAUGUUGCAUGGUAACAGCGGCGUUCUGCCCUCUUAAUUGGUUUAGGAAAAGCAUCCUUGUCAUUUUGCGGUCAGCAAACUCCUCCAGAGAAAAUGAAGUGCGAGUUGCCCCCUCCCUUCAACCCCCCACGCAACCAGUCCCACAAAGAAUAAUGAUUAUGUGCAGCAGGGUGUGUGUGUGUGUGUGUUUGGUUGUCUGUUUUUACUUUCCACUUUUAGAAAUAAUUGCUGGUUGCUCGGUGGGAUCAGAGGAAGGGUAUAAUGAUUCUCUCUGGCCGUGUGGUAUGGCUGGGUGCUGGGGAGGGAAGACAUUGGGCUGGGGGAGAGCAACUCAUUUCACACACCUAAACGUUUGUGAGAGUGUGUGUUUAUGUGUGUAAAUGUGUUAACAUUAGUGUGUUUGUACAUUCUGUAACCUGUUUGUGGUGUCUGUGUUUUCUAUGUGCUUGAUGUGUAUCUACAUACUGUAUGUAUGUGUAGCCUAGAUGGUGUGUGUGUGUGUGUGUGUGUGUGUGUGUGUGUGUGUGUGUGUGUGUGUGUGUGUGUGUGUGUGUGUGCACGCACAACUGUCCUUUUGCGAGGAUUAGCAGGUGAACGCAGCAAGAGGAUGAUCAGACAGGGAGCACACUGGGGUUUCUGUGCUGUCACACAGGGAUUAUGGGGGAAUAUGGAGCUGCAGUACUGCAGUCUGGAGCCUCCAGUCAGGCUCAUCCCCCUCUGCCUGCAAUCCCCCCUCCCCCCUCCCCCCUCCCCACUCCCACACCACUUUAAUUGCCUUUGCUUCUUUCAUUAAAUGUAUUGCCUCUGCAUUGGGCUUGUGGAAAGGUCAUUGUGGUGGUGAUGUGAACACUGCACAGCCUCCGUGUCUCCCAGCCAAGCAGGCAGAGGAUAGGGCUGGGGAUGGGGAUGUGGCUAGGGGUGACUGGUUACUGCUGACCUUCACAUUGUUCCUAUAAAGAAAAACUUGUAAUUUAUGUUGACCAGUGACCAGUUCUUUGAUGUAGUGGCUCACAUGUAAAUGCAUAUUAGCAUACGCAGGCAUUGUUAAGAGGGAUUUAGAGUCAGAUGAAUGUGAAUAUGACAGGACAGGAUGUUACUAGAAGGAGAUGUUUAUGGAGGAGUUCACUACAAUGUAAUUAACUAAUUAACUAUCGUUUCCCAGUUUCCUACCUGGGCAGGGUUAUGGGAAACACUCGUGAAUAUACAAUGCAUGUUGCUGUGAUUCAUUGUUCAUCAUUCAUUGAAAAGGUCCAUCAGUCUUCAGAAAUGAGAACAAAGAUGAUAUUAGGAAAUGCCAAUGACAGGUAUCAUCCUUCUCCCACCUAGGCUCGGUCCUGUGAGGGCAGGCUGGCAGAGCUGAGUGCCCAGCUGGGGAGGUCUCAGCGCUGGGGCCAGGAGCAGCUGGUAGCCCUGGAGGCCCGGGAGGAGGAGGUGGUGCUGAUGAAGGUGGAGAUGGCUUCUCUCAGGGAGAACUACCAUGCCAAGGUGGCCCAGGUCAGACACACAUACUUGCACAAUGGGUUCUGGGGACAUUCUGGUAGGUUUUGCUGACCAUGUCACCUGAUCAGGAAAAACUCUGGGCCCUUAUUAUAGCCGGUAGCCUUAUUGCCUAACUGUAGAACUAGGCCCAAAGUUUUCCUGAUCAAUUUAUGUGCUCAUGAAAACCUCUUGGCUCUAGUUAUGACACAUAUCCUCACACAUUGCACUGGCACAGAAAGGCCAAACAGCAUAGUUAGUAAUCCCCUCUCAAUGGAAAAUGAGCUGUAUAGCCAUUAUGAUGUGCAGUAGGGGUUUGUUCAUGUGUCUCUGUUCAGGUGGAUGCCUUACACUCACAGCUCGAUUCCAUGGAGCACAAGUACAGCACAUCAGCUAAUGAGGUAGUGAACCCUUAAAACCUCCAGAUAUGUCAGAUAGACACUGUUAGGGUUCUGAGUUGUAGAAUCUCAUUACAUCCUUUCUCUCUCUCUCCCCAUCGCUCUCUCUUUCUCACCCAUCUCUCUGUCUCAGGUGGAGGUGUUGCGCCAGUCUCUGGGUAACGCUCGUUCAGACAGUUCUCUUCUACACAGGGAGAGUGAGCUGGUGGUAACCAACGUCAACCAGUGGGUGAAGGAGCAGAAGUAAGAGCAUAUGUAACUCCACACACCCACUGAUGCCCAGUCAUUUUCUACAUUACAUUCACUAAGCAGCAUUAACCCUGUCUUAACCCUGUCUUAACCCUGUCUUUACCCUGUCGACAGGCAAGGCAAUGAAAAACUGAACCUCAAGAUCAAAGACCAGAGCAAAAAGAUAAUUCAUCUCACAGCAGAGAAGGAGUAAGAGCUCUUCCACACACAUCCAACCUACCCUGUGUGGUAUAUGGCCAAUAUACCACGGCUAAGGGAUGUUAUUAUGCACAACGCAACGCGGAGUGCCUGGAUACAACCCUUAGCCUUGGUACAUUGGCCAUAAACCACAAACCCCAGAGGUGCCUUAUUGCUAUUAUAAACUGGUUUCCAACGUAAUUAGAGCAGUAAAAAUAAAUGGUUUGUCAUACCCGUGGUAUAUGGUCUGAUAUACCACGGCUGUCAGCCAAUCAGCAUUCAGGACUCGAACCACCCAGUUUAUAAUUAUGAUAGGUUUAUUUGAACAGUGAGAGACAGAAUAACAACAAAAAAAUCCAGAAAAACGCAUGUCAAAAAUGUUAUAAAUUGAUUUGCAUUUUAAUGAGGGAAAUAAGUAUUUGACCCCCUCUGAAUCAGAAAGAUUUCUGGCUCCCAGGUGUCUUUUAUACAGGUAACGAGCUGAGAUUAGGCGCACACUCUUAAAGGGAGUGCUCCUAAUCUCAGUUUGUUACCUGUAUAAUAGACACCUGUCCACAGAAGCAAUCAAUCAAUCAGAUUCCAAACUCUCCACCAUGGCCAAGACCACAGAGCUCUUCAAGGAUGUUAGGGACAAUAUUGUAGACCUACACAAGGCUGGAAUGGGCUACAAGACCAUCGCCAAGCAGCUUGGUGAGAAGGUGACAACAGUUGGUGCGAUUAUUCGAAAAUGGAAGAAACACAAAAGACCUGUCAAUCUCCCUCGGCCUGGGGCUCCAUGCAAGAUCUCACCUCGUGGAGUUGCAAUGAUCAUGAGAACAGUGAGGAAUCAGCCCAGAACUACACGGGAGGAUCUUGUCAAUGAUCUCAAGGCAGCUGGGACCAUAGUCACCAAGAAAACAAUUGGUAACACACUACGCCGUGAAGGACUGAAAUCCUGCAGCGCCCGCAAGGUCCCCCUGCUCAAGAAAGCACAUAUACAGGCCCGUCUGAAGUUUGCCAAUGAACAUCUGAAUGAUUCAGAGGAGAACUGGGUGAAAGUGUUGUGGUCAGAUGAGACCAAAAUGGAGCUCUUUGGCAUCAACUCAACUCGCCGUGUUUGGAGGAGGAGGAAUGCUGCCUAUGACCCCAAGAACACCAUCCCCACCGUCAAACAUGGAGGUGGAAACAUUAUGCUUUGGGGGUGUUUUUCUGCUAAGGGGACAGGACAACUUCACCGCAUCAAAGGGACGAUGGACGGCGCCAUGUACCGUCAAAUCUUGGGUGAGAACCUCCUUCCCUCAGCCAGGGCAUUGAAAAUGGGUCGUCAAUGGGUAUUCCAGCAUGACAAUGACCCAAAACACACAGCCAAGGCAACAAAGGAGUGGCUCAAGAAGAGGCACAUUAAGGUCCUGGAGUGGCCUAGCCAGUCUCCAGACCUUAAUCCCUUAGAAAAUCUGUGGAGUGAGCUGAAGGUUCGCGUUGCCAAACGUCAGGCUCGAAACCUUAAUGACUUGGAGAAGAUCUGCAAAGAGGAGUGGGACAAAAUCCCUCCUGAAAUGUGUGCAAACCUGGUGGCCAACUACAAGAAACGUCUGACCUCUGUGAUUGCCAACAAGGGUUUUGCCACCAAGUACUAAGUCAUGUUUUGCAGAGGGGUCAAAUACUUAUUUCCCUCAUUAAAAUGCAAAUCAAUUUAUAACAUUUUUGACAUGCGUUAUUCUGUCUCUCACUGUUCAAAUAAACCUACCAUUAAAAUGAUAGACUGAUCAUGUCUUUGUCAGUGGGCAAACGUACAAAAUCAGCAGGGGAUCAAAUACUUUUUUCCCUCACUGUAGGUCCCCAUGUUUAGAGCACUGGUUAACAAGUUUACAGGAGUUAGAUGGCUUUAGAUUAGAUGGGGCAGGGAGCAUACUGUACGUGUGAAAUCAAUGUAAAUUGAGCCACCCAGGAGUGACCCGGUUUAUUAACUCUGUGUCCAGUCACCUGCAGGAGAGUGUGGAGGGUCUGCAUGAGGAGAUGAAGAGGCUGAAGGCUGAGCUGGAUGAGAGCAGGAUUGAGGCUGAGAGGAUCAGGGUACGUACCAUACCCAGUUACACACACUGGAUAACACUGUCAGACCUCAACACAUUUACAACCUUGAUAUACUGUAAUAUAACACCACCAAUUUAAGAGCAUUGUUCCUUUCUAUUGAGUAAUCCCACUUGUUUUUGUGUCAGGCCUCUCAAGCCAGUGUGAGUGACCAGCGCCAGCGCGGUGGCCUGGGCAGACUUCCCAUCCAGCUGCUCCACACAGAGUGAGUGCUGUACUACUGACACUGACCUGAGACACACUGGAUCAGUGGGCUUGGCUCUAGUCCAUCCUAUUCUCUUUGAGACAACCCUGACAACUUCCCAGUCCUCCAGGAACAAGAAGCAGCAGGUCCAUACGAGGCUAAUGACUACAUGUUCUCUAACUUCUCACUAGUUUUUUUGCUGGGGCUCUAGAGGCAGCGUCAGUGACAAAGCAGUGACUUCCCAGACCGAGUGAAUUCCUCUCUGUGUGUUUCUAGAGUGGAGCUGAGACAUGGGUCAAUAGCAACAAUCACAAACGCAUCUCAGACAGUAUCGGUUAAGAGCGGGAGCCCGUCUGUAACUCAUAAGAGCUAUUGGCAGCUAUGUUGAUUUCUGUUGUUCUGGGAUUAGCAUAGGCCUCUCUGUGUUUCUGGGGGCUAAUGGCCCGUGUCGUCCGGCUGUGAAAUCAGUGGCCUGAGAGCCUCUGAGAAGCCUGCAGAUUGGUGUUUCAAAUCCCCCACCCCCCUCUAAUGCAGCCCAGCAUGUCUCAGCCACUCUCUCCAUCUCCCAGAUAGUCCCUGAGUAGAACAGCUUAGCUGUUUCGAGUUCCCCCUCCGCACCCUGGGUGACCCCCACUGCAGUCUCCUCACGCCGGGGCCCAUACGCCACCGGCCCUUCCUGCCCCACAGGACCACCGCAGCUUGUUAACACUGAAGAUGCAUUUGUGCAGUCAGGCGGGAAAUCAUGGAGGUGUCUAUGGACGGUGGUGAUCAAAGGCCUGGUGCUCUGACACUGAGGACUGGAGGAGGGGUUAGAGAUAACCUCUAGUCUAGCCUCCUAUCAGGUCCGAUCAUCCCACCUAACAGAGACAGCAGACAGGCAAACAGAGAGACAGACUGAGACAAACAGACAGACAGACAGGCAGAUAGACAGAUGGACAGACUGGUAGGCAGACAAACAGAGCCAUCCAAGGACACAGUCUCCUCUCCUCUGGGCCAGACCGUUCUUAGUCAUGUCUGUUUACAGAAACCAGUCUAGACACUCAGACAGACAUGUCACCCACACAUUGCCAUGGUACCGACUAUAUCUUUUUAAAAUUGAACUUGCAUUUUAUAUGUGAUGCUGAGAAAAGGUGAUUUAUUGGUGAAAUUGUGUUCCAUAUGGUUGUUUGACAGUUGAAGCCGUCUCAUUUCGCCCUGCCUAUACUCCCCUCGCUUUAAAGUAAGCCAGUGCUCACUGGCAUUUCCCUGUAAUACGUUCCCGUCUGAUUUCCUCCUAAAUUGAAAUGCGGUAAAGUUAGGGCUGAUUGGUGGGAUAACUUUUGGUGAGUGUGAGAUAGAGGGAGAGAGAGAGAGAAAGAGACUAGGCUGGCUGUUUGAACCCAAUCAGAGCCCUGUGUUGACUGUGCUGAUUAGAGGCUUGUAGUGAGUGGGUUCCAUUCUAUCCCAUCAUUCCCUGUGUUUGCUCUGAUAACGGAGCCUCAACACUCAUCAUCGCCCUAACCUCAUCCUCAUGGUGUCACUUACAGCACGCCACACUGAGCUCUCUCAAACUUCUUACGCAAGCUGGGUAAUGUACCAAAAGUCCCUUUAGAACUUUAAACCUGCUUUGAAAGAACAGUUAGCAUGCUUUGGAAAAAACUAAACUGGUUGGCUGAGUGUGUUAAAAAAACAUUUUUUUUAAAAAGUUGCAAUAUGUAGUUGAGGAGCACUGAGGCAUUGGGUGGACAGUGCUCUGGAGAGCACACUGUAGGCUGAUAAGUGUGUGUGCGUUGUUCGUGCGUGUUGCCUGACCUGAUACCAAUAAAGGGCAGAUGCAAACUCAGCCCAUAAACGCCCACUGGUUGACUGAGGCUUCACUCAGCUAAUGUUCCAGGACAUCCAGGAAGCCUGUAGGGAGCUGGGAGAACAGAGAGGAGCUCUAAAAGCAGCCAGAGAGAGGGAGUAAAUACAAAUAAAUAGAUAAAUAAGUGAAUGGCAUGAGAGGAGCGGAGGGAACAGUGUGUCCAUUCUCACGCAUGCAGCGCGUUUGUUUAUUUAUGGCGUCUGAGGGCCUGAGCAGGGCUGGGAGGAGGAGGGGGUUGUGGGGUGAGGGUGCUGGGGGUGCUGGGGGAGGACACUGGGCCUCUCCUUCCUUAUGCAUGCCUGACUCUGCUCCCCAGCUUUCAUUAAGUGUCAUUACCAGGGCUUUCAGUGCUAGAGCCAAGCUGAGACCUGACAUCCACUCCAUAGAUGUGUGCAUGCAUAUGGAUGGACUGCUGAUCCCUCUUAUCCUCCACUAAGGAGGGAGAAUUAGGCCGAGGAGAGGAGAGGAGAGGAGAGGAGAGGAGAGGAGAGGAGAGGAGAGGAGAGGAGAGGAGAGGAGAGGAGAGGAGAGGAGAGGAGAGGGAUGCAGCCAUAUCUGACUUUAAUGGUCAGGAUAUAGCUAUUACUUAAAUGAAGGACAGUAUUCAUGCCUGAUUUGUUGUCAUGAAUAUGUCAUACGGGUCGGGUUAUCCACAUUUAGAGUGUGUGUACACUUACUGAAUUCCGUCUGGUGAUGGUAAAGGCCAUGUACACUGCAGCGUGUUGUAGUUAAGGAUGACUAGGAGUUUUUGUGCAUAUCUAUACAGUUACAUAUCGGGAUAUUAUUUUGUACAAUAUAUCGUAUCAUUUUGACAAUCGCAAUAUAAUUUUGGGCUAGUUGGCUGUACCUGCACCAAAACUCUAGUAUCUUUCCUUCAUCUUCUUUUUAAAUAGGGAGAAAAAUAAAUGUCAGCACUUUUAUCACUUUCUCAUGACUCUCUUGUCCCUCUGCAGCAAUAUGUUUGGAACAUCAAAUCACAAUAAAAUCACAAUACCGUAUCGCAAUACAUAUAGAAUCGUGAAAAAUCGCAAUACAUAUCGUAUCGGCACCUAAGUAGCACGAUAAUAUCGUAUCGUGAGGUGCCGGGCAAUUCCCAGCUCUAAUGGCCAGUAGCAGAAAUAAAGGCGUGCUGCUGAUGUAAAAUGUGCAUUUCCUUCUACGCAUGGUGUUCAUUAGCAAUGUCCCUUUCCAGUUCACUUCCUGUUAGAAGGCCUGCUGAUUGAUGGCUUGUGCUGUUUAUUUGGAUAUCAGCGAAUGAAAUAUUCAUGUUGUUCGCUUUCCCAAGCAGAAGUUAUCUAGAUGCAACGUAAAUGGUACUUGGGAUUAGAUUUUCACAGCAGAUUGCUGUUAUUAAAGGAAAAAAGGGUGAAAAGAGUGUGUGAGCAGUUGUCUUCCUGGGAGGCAAUCUAUUUAUCUUCCACACAGAGCACCGGAGCGCUGGACCAGGCUCCUAAUGCACUGGAGAAAAAGUGCUUUGGUCCGCAACCUUUCACGCCUUCACCUCCCCUUUAUGUGAUUGAAUAGUUCAUAACUUUGACUUUCCUUUGAAAGCCUGUGACGUGGCUCCUGCUGAACGGCCUGUUGUCUGGCUGGCACACCUGCCUAUUGCUCUCUCUGUCUGUCUGACUGACUGCCUGACUACAUGUCUACUUGGCCCAGAUGCCAGAUUGUCUGAUAGCCCACCUCUCUCUUCCACAAGCCCUCUCACUUUCAUGCCUGUCCCAACGCCUAGCCCAUCUGUCUGCCUUAUAGGAGCCUGUACAUCAUCAGAAUUUUGAUGGAAAGGGGUUUUGAUUUCUUACUCUUCUUCUCUCCUUCUAGACACAAAUAGACACACACACACACACACACACAGGGAGCUCAUUAGCGCACCCCGCGCUCACAGCUCCAGCAGAAUGUGACCCUGCCUAAUUGUGCACCAUGCUCAUUUGUUCUCCCUGCAUGAUGUGGCGAUUGCUUAUUUAUUCUCCUCAGGGCUCCUCUCUCACAUUAAAAUGAUUGACUUGUUUAAUUCAAUGCACAUUUGCCAAGCUUUAUUUGAUAAGCUCAUUUCCCCUGUUCCCAUGUUUAAAAGUUCUAAUGUUCCCAAUGCAGAUUAUUAUUCAUACUUGUGAUUGUUUCUUCGGCUAAUUAUCUGUGUUGGAAUAAUUUUGCAUCUGUGAGCCUGUUUAUCCCUGCGGAAUGAAACGACACAAAAGGGCACACAUUAACGAUGCGGCUGGAAUAGCCGAGGAGCCAAUUGUGUACACAAAGCUGGCAGACGCGGUCAACAAGAAGCUUAACAGGGAUUGGGACAUCGUGGAAGGUUUACCAAAAUAAGCAGACAGAAUUUGCAUUCGGUUAGAGGGCUGUUGACGAACAGAGCCAUCAACAUUUGGUCCAUCAGGUAAUGAGACAGGCUCUGUUUUGACAUGGAUAUAUGCAGCGAGGUGGAGCAAAACAAGUUGUACUUAAUAGGUUAAGGUGAGAAGCGCAGAUCCACUCCACUCUGACCCAUUGACCACCAUCACCCCUGUCCUCCCCUACAGUGGUGAGACCCUCCCUGCCCCAGACCAAGAAGAGAGUUAUAGAGAGACUCAGGAGCUUAGAGAACAGAGCCAGUACCAGAGCAGAGACAGAGACAAGCUAGCUGCAGGAGACCUGUUCAGUAGUGUACUGGUAGGUUAAUACACUGAAAUGGAUAUGAACUCACCGACAGAGGACACAGUGGGAUAGUACUAGGUAGGGGAAUGAUUGGCAGUAUUCCUGCAGUGGGAGGUGAAUGAUAGCGUCAUAAUGAGUCAUGUAUUAACAGUAAUUCUCUGGAUAAUAUUCAUGAUGACAAAUAUGCAAAGUUAAGGUCCAUGGUGAUGCCAACAUACCAAUAGUAACACUGAGCUCUGAGCCUGACUAUUGAUGGUAUCUUAUUUGAAUGUACAGUCAUCUGUUUCUGUCUGCUUCUGCUCUGUCUCAGAUCUGCUCUGACUGCGAGAGGAGCCUUGAGUGGUCAGGGAGACAACCUGUGGAGGAGGAAUGCUCUGGCUGCCAACCUCCAUCUGCGCUAGCCUCAGCCUGUGCCUGCCUGGCAGGCAGGGGGGCCACGUUUGCUGCUGAGGUGGCCAGGAGAGUGGCCCUUAGGGCCCUGGAGCGCAGACCCCUGCCAUGUGGCCACCACCACUGGAGCAGACCCCGCUCCCUCAGCUGGGAUGGGCCACGCCCUACACAUCUCAGGGAGGGACACUGA